AUGACUUGGACAUCUCGCGCAGUGACCCUCGCGGGGCUUGUCUUCCUUGCUCAUUCAUGCUACUCUGCGCAGGAGCAUUUCGCCCUAUCCUCGGCACUGGCGAAGCGAGCCGCGUCACAGCACCCCGGAGCCUCGCUUCCCAUAGAUAUUCGUAUAGAAGCUAUCGUGGCGACAUUGGUCAUCUGCCUCGGCCUGGUCCUGGGAUCUCAGACUCUGCGCCCUGUCCAAUGGAACGUAUGGGCUGGCAAGAUUGAGCGCGAAGGCGCGGCCGGCUUCCUCGAAGGCUCCGGGGAGGUGGAGCGGGACUAUCGGGGCAGUCCAUUUGGUGUCCUUGAAAGCCGGCCUGGCUUUAUCGACAUUCGAAAGCAACGACGCGAAUUCGCCGAGUGGGCCAAGGGCAACAACAAGGGUUGA